CUACGUGCGUUACGUCAUUUCCUUCCAACAUGGCGCAGGCAGCAGGUCGCUGAUGGAAAACUGAGGGAUUUACCCCACCUUCUGCCUUUAUUUAUGUUUCUUUACUGAGGGCAUCAUUCGCCGGAGAAUAAUACAAUUAUACGGGAAUAUCUAAUAAUCGCAGAUCCAGGCGCCAUUGGGACAGGUCCUCCUCGCCCCUUCGCAACACGUCAUGUAUGAAGGCAAAAAGACGAAAAACAUGUUUUUAACCAGAGCUUUGGAGAAGAUCUUGGCCGACAAGGAGGUGAAAAAGGCUCACCAUUCGCAGCUGCGCAAAGCCUGUGAGGUGGCACUAGAGGAAAUCAAGGCAGAAUCAGAAAAUUUAAGCCCACCAGCUGGGGAUAACAAGUCGAGCUCCAGUACUUUACCACCAAUCAAAUCCAAGACCAGCUUCGUCGAAGCAGACAAGUACUUUCUACCGUUCGAGUUAGCAUGUCAGUCCAAAUGUCCUCGCAUCGUCAUCACCUCUUUAGACUGUUUACAGAAACUCAUAGCAUAUGGUCACCUGACAGGCAGCGCGCCAGACAACACUAUCCCAGGAAAGAAGCUCAUCGACAGGAUCAUCGAGACGAUAUGCGGCUGUUUCCAGGGACCACAGACGGAUGAGGGCGUCCAAUUGCAAAUUAUAAAGGCCUUGCUUACAGCCGUGACCUCCCAGCAAAUUGAGAUCCAUGAAGGCACCGUCCUACAAGCUGUGAGAACGUGCUACAACAUCUAUCUGGCCAGUAAAAACCUCAUCAACCAGACCACGGCCAAAGCCACCCUCACCCAGAUGCUGAAUGUGAUUUUCGCCCGCAUGGAAAACCAAGCACUUACAAAUCACAAGAUCAGUUGGUCUUUGGCAUCCAGAAAGCGUGAUCGUCAGCUCCAGGAAGCCAAGCAGGUGGAGAGAGAGAGACACAGGCAGCAUUCUCCCAACAGCCAGCAAGAGCCAGAAUCUCCUGGACAGCGACACGCCGACACCCCGGACAAAGGCCUGCCCGCUGAGGCCAACGGUGGACCGGGUCACCAGGGAGGCAAGGCUGAGCAGGGUUCCCCUCCUUAUGAAAGCCCUGAGCCAGAGAACGGCAGUGAAUUCUGUCAGGCAGAGAACGAGCAGACCGAGGCGGACCAGGCUACAGCUGCUGCGCAAAGUGCAACUGAGCAUGCUACAGAAGUCAGUGAAGAAGAUGAAAGUCAGAGGUAUGAACAGAAGGCCCAUGAGAUCGUACAGAGCAUUCUGCAGGAAGUCGUAAACACGGUUGCUGGAGAUGUAAAGGUAAGCAGGGAGGGUGAUGCUGAGCCAGCUGAGGGUGUUCCAAACUCUCUGGAAGAGGAGGGAGGUUUGGGCAGUGAUAGCGAAAAUGUUCACGCCAACGGCAUCCCUGGAACGCCAAUCUCUGCGAGCUUCACUCCGUCCCUGCCCGAUGACAGAAUGUCUGUCUCCUCCAAUGACACUCAGGAAUCUGUUGCCACCACAGGGCCAGCGCCCGGUGCAAAGUUUUCCCAUAUCCUCCAGAAAGAUGCCUUCCUGGUGUUUCGCUCACUUUGCAAGCUCUCAAUGAAGCCCCUUUCAGACGGCCCACCUGAUCCAAAAUCCCACGAGCUACGGUCUAAGGUCCUGUCUUUGCAGCUCCUUCUGUCUAUCCUGCAAAAUGCCGGGCCCAUCUUCAAGACCAAUGAGAUGUUCAUCAAUGCCAUUAAACAGUACCUGUGCGUGGCUCUGUCCAAAAACGGUGUUUCCUCCGUCCCUGAGGUGUUCGAGCUCUCCCUGUCCAUCUUCCUCACCCUCCUUUCUAACUUCAAGACACAUCUCAAGAUGCAAAUCGAGGUUUUUUUCAAAGAGAUUUUCCUGUAUAUUCUAGAGACGUCCACAAGCUCAUAUGACCACAAGUGGAUGGUCAUUCAAACCCUCACUAGAAUAUGUGCUGAUGCACAGAGUGUGGUAGAUAUCUAUGUGAACUACGAUUGUGACCUGAAUGCUGCUAAUAUUUUUGAGAGGCUGGUGAAUGACCUUUCUAAGAUUGCACAAGGGCGAGGAGGCCAUGAAUUGGGUACAACCCCACUUCAGGAGCUGACCCUAAGAAAAAAAGGUCUGGAGUGUCUGGUGUCCAUUCUCAAGUGUAUGGUGGAGUGGAGCAAAGACCAAUAUGUCAACCCCAUUUCUCAGACGAGUCUCGGCCAAGAGAAGCCUUUGGAACAGGAGACCAACGAGUCAAAGCACCCGGAAACGAUUAACCGUUACGGAAGCAUAAACUCUCUGGACUCCACCGCCUCGUCCGGCAUCGGGAGUUACAGCACGCAGAUGUCAGGGACUGACAACCCUGAACAGUUUGAGGUUCUCAAACAACAGAAGGAGAUCAUAGAGCAGGGCAUUGACCUGUUUAACAAAAAACCAAAGAGAGGCAUUCAGUACCUUCAGGAGCAAGGUAUGCUGGGAACCACGCACGAAGACAUCGCCCAGUUUUUACAUCAAGAGGAGAGGCUUGACUCUAUCCAAGUAGGAGAGUUUCUCGGGGACAACGAUCGGAUCAAUAAAGAAGUCAUGUAUGCCUACGUGGACCAGAUGGACUUUCAGGGCAAAGACUUUGUUCCGGCUCUGCGCAUGUUUCUCGAGGGUUUCCGCCUGCCUGGAGAAGCCCAAAAAAUCGAUCGGCUGAUGGAGAAAUUUGCUGCUAGAUAUUUAGAAUGCAACCAGGGGCAAACGCUGUUCGCGAGCGCAGACACGGCUUACGUCCUGGCGUAUUCAAUCAUCAUGUUGACCACGGAUCUUCACAGUCCACAGGUGAAAAAUAAAAUGACAAAAGAGCAAUACAUCAAGAUGAACCGAGGUAUCAAUGACAGUAAAGAUUUACCCGAGGAGUAUCUGUCUGCCAUCUAUGAUGAAAUCGCAGGGAAAAAAAUAUCUAUGAAGGAGACAAAGGAAAUACCUCUCAAAUCGAAUAAGCAAAGUGUGGCCAGUGAGAAGCAGAGGAGGCUUCUGUAUAACGUUGAGAUGGAGCAGAUGGCGAAGACGGCCAAGGCUCUGAUGGAGGCUGUCAGCCACGUUCAGGCCCCCUUCACCAGCGCCACCCACCUUGAACAUGUCAGACCCAUGUUUAAGCUGGCAUGGACGCCCUUCCUAGCUGCGUUCAGUGUGGGUUUGCAGGAUUGUGAUGAUACUGAAGUAGCCUCUCUGUGUCUGGAGGGCAUCCGCUGUGCUAUAAGGAUAGCUAGUAUCUUCAGCAUUCAGUUGGAGCGAGAUGCGUACGUACAGGCCCUGGCCCGCUUCACGCUGCUCACGGCCAGCUCGGGCAUCACCGAGAUGAAGCAGAAGAACAUCGACACCAUCAAGACCCUUAUCACAGUGGCCCACACGGAUGGAAAUUAUCUAGGAAACUCCUGGCAUGAGAUCCUGAAGUGCAUCAGUCAGCUGGAGUUGGCUCAGCUCAUCGGGACAGGUGUGAAGACGCGGUACAUAUCGGGAACCGUGCGGGGAAAAGAAGGCUUCAUCACUAGCACCAAGGAACAGUCGACUGAUGAAUAUCUGGGUUUGGGAGGGAAUGUCGAUCGUAAACAGAUCGCAAGCAUACAGGAAUCUAUCUGGGAGACCAGCUCACAAAGUGUAGUCGUCGCCGUGGACCGGAUUUUCACAGGCUCCAUUAGACUUGAUGGAAAUGCUAUUGUGGACUUUGUGCGAUGGUUGUGUGCCGUAUCAAUGGACGAACUGGCCUCUCCUACACAUCCGCGAAUGUUCAGUUUGCAGAAAAUCGUGGAGAUAUCCUACUACAACAUGGGUCGCAUCAGGCUACAGUGGUCCAGAAUAUGGGAAGUCAUAGGAGAUCACUUUAACAAGGUCGGGUGUAAUCCCAACGAGGAUGUUGCUAUUUUUGCAGUGGAUUCUCUCAGGCAGCUUUCCAUGAAAUUUUUGGAGAAGGGAGAGUUGGCCAAUUUCAGAUUCCAGAAAGAUUUCCUGAGGCCAUUUGAACACAUAAUGAAAAAGAACAGAUCCCCCACCAUCAGAGACAUGGUGGUCCGCUGUAUAGCUCAGAUGGUCAACUCUCAGGCUGGCAACAUUAGAUCAGGGUGGAAGAAUAUUUUCUCCGUGUUUCAUCUGGCCGCCUCCGACCAGGAUGAGAGUAUAGUGGAGCUGGCCUUCCAGACAACCGGACAUAUUGUCACGAAUGUAUUUGAAAAGCAUUUCCCUGCUACCAUUGACUCCUUUCAGGAUGCCGUCAAGUGUUUGUCUGAGUUCGCCUGCAACGCUUCCUUUCCCGACACCAGCAUGGAGGCCAUCCGUCUGAUCCGUCACUGCGCCAAAUACGUCUCCGACCGACCUCAGGCAUUUAAAGACUACACCAGUGACGAUAUGAACGUCGCACCAGAGGAUCGGGUUUGGGUGAGAGGCUGGUUCCCCAUUCUCUUUGAGCUGUCAUGCAUCAUCAACAGGUGUAAACUGGACGUCCGGACCAGGGGUCUGACAGUGAUGUUUGAGGUGAUGAAGACCUACGGUCACACCUAUGAGAAACACUGGUGGCAGGAUCUGUUCCGGAUCGUCUUCAGGAUCUUCGACAACAUGAAGCUUCCGGAGCAACAGACCGAGAAAGCAGAGUGGAUGACCACCACGUGUAACCACGCACUUUAUGCCAUUUGCGAUGUUUUCACGCAGUACUUUGAAUCUCUCAGUGAUGUUCUGUUAGAUAAUAUUCUGUCUCAGCUCUACUGGUGUGUGCAACAAGAUAAUGAGCAGUUAGCCCGAUCAGGCACUAACUGCCUUGAAAACGUUGUCAUUCUUAAUGGUGAAAAGUUUAACCCUGAAACCUGGGACAAGACCUGCAACUGUAUGCUAGACAUCUUCAAAACCACCAUACCACACACGCUCUUGACGUGGAGACCGGCCGGUACUGAGGGAGAUCAUGUAACUCAUCUAGACUCUGAUAAACAGCUGGAUUCAAUUUCCCAGAAGUCAGUGGAUAUUCAGACUCGCUCAGAUGACCAGCAGUCUGUCAACAGUAUGGAGAGAGCUUUGACUGACAACCGCAGACACAGUCAGUUCAGCGUGGCUUUAGAAGGUCAGGAACAGCGUCUGUUUGCUGCUUUGCUCAUAAAGUGUGUGGUCCAGCUGGAGCUUAUUCAGACCAUAGACAACAUUGUUUUCUUUCCUGCUACCAGUAAGAAAGAGGACGCCGAGAACUUUGCGGCAGCACAGAGAGAUUCGUUUGAUGCUGACGUACAUGUGAAUACUCAGGACCAAGGAAUGUAUCGCUACCUGACCUCAGAACAGCUCUUUAAACUGCUUGACUGUUUGCUGGAGUCGCAUCGCUUUGCAAAGGCCUUCAAUUCUAAUAAUGAACAAAGGACGGCGCUUUGGAAGGCCGGUUUCAAAGGGAAGUCGAAGCCCAAUCUGUUGAAACAAGAGACCAGCAGCCUGGCAUGCAGCCUGCGCAUCCUUUUCCGCAUGUACACAGACCAGAGCAGACAGGAUGCAUGGGAGGAGGUGCAGAGGAGAUUGCUCAAUGUUUGCAGUGAUGCUGUGGCUUACUUCCUGACCCUGACGUCUGAGAGUCACCGUGAGGCCUGGACCAACCUGCUGCUGCUCUUCCUUACCAAAGUGCUCAAAAUUAGUGAUGACAGAUUCAAGGCCCACGCGUCCCGAUACUACCCUCUGCUGUGUGACAUCAUGCAGUUUGAUCUGAUCCCAGAGCUUCGGGCCGUGCUGCGCAAGUUCUUCCUGCGCAUCGGAUUGGUGUUCCAGAUCACGCAAUGUUCAGAAGCGGAACAGGUCUCGGAUCAGCCCACUGACAAUGAUGCCUAGGGGCGGCGCUGUCUGUCUGUGAACACCACAAGGUCCCAUUUUAUCUGAAAAACUGUAGGAUGUGAUACCAACGAGGAGAUCUAUAAAAAGAGUAUAAUGGUACUAAUAUUAAACUCCGCCUGCCUAUUCAAGGCCCGCUUUGAGUAACCAACCAAUCCCAGAUGAGAAUCUGCGUCCCACCCACUGGACAAAUGACUUGGCCUUGUACAAUAUGAUGAAAUUAUUUAAAACAUCACAAGGAUGCUGAAUAUCGCUAUUGCUAUUCAAAUGCUUGACCUUUGAGGUCCAAAUGUAUUUCAAAAGUUGUCUUGGCAUUAUGGCUAUUUGGAAAAGGGUUUGAUACCAAGCGAACGGUUAAUGGGUAGUUGACGUGUAUCUAAAGUGAUUCAGAUUUUUCUUUUUUUUUGUUUGGUUUGCACCGCUAAUGGCUAACAUUAGCAUGUAUAACUCUUCGAUGAAACUAGUUGUACAGAAUUCCAGCUUUGUAAUAUAAUCUCACAACACUAGGAUUUGUUUUCCGUAUCUUUUUUUUUUUUCGGAAUUUGCUGCACUUGUUUUCUGGAUCAAAAUGCACUGGAGAUUUUUACUUUUGUGAUAAAUUAUUGAACUAUGCCAUCUUUCCCUCCAUAUCCGUCCUGCUAGAGAUUUCUAAUACGAUGUAAACCGAUUAGUUCGAUUACUCCAUUUUAUAUACGCUGACACUUUUUUAAUUAAAUCAAAGCAACUAGGAUCCUUCGGAAGGAAGAAAACUGGAAUCUUGAAAUUGAGGGCAACUUAAAUGUGACCUGCAUCUGAAUCACUGUUUAAGGCUCACUCUACGUGUACAAUUUUUUAAAAAAGAAGUUAAUAUAUUUAAAAUCUUCUCUUUGGUUUUGGGGGUGGGUUGUAUUGUAUAGAAAUUAAUGAUAGCUGCGCUUUAAAACUGUUGAUGGCUGAAAGACCUGAAGCAUUCCUGGUUAGCGAGGGUGAACUGUAACGGUACAGCCCUGUAAAGUUUUCUAUUUGAAAAUAAAAUGAUCUGUACAACUC